AUGUCACCCCUUUGGGGUUUACGGCACAACGGCCGAGAAGAAGGCCGGGAGGACGGGGAUGAGGAAGAAUAUGUCGGCGAGACAGGUCGUCCUGAUAACAGAAGAAGAGCUCAGGAUGUGGACGAAAGGACACGGCUCUUGCCGGCUGAAGGAAACGGAUACCUCCACCCAGACGAUCCAGCGGUAUCGCCGUACAAUUUAUGGAGUGUCCGGGCCCUGAGAGGACUCACCCUGACGGUGUUAUUCAUAUCACUUCUUUGGUGGAUUCUGCUACUCAUAUCGAUCUUCGUCAGCCCCCCUGGGAUGAGCAACCGGGGAUCCGGCUUCUUUGAUUUCUCCUUCACCACUCUGACGAUAUCAAACUUGCUUAUUGCAUUGAUAUUCUUUGCCAUCCCGUCCACGCCUAUGACAAUAUGGGCUACCACCUUAUCCAUCCUGCUGAGCGUCAGCCUGUUUCUCAUGCUUGGAGUCCCACGGCUUCGCGUUGAAGAAGGCUGGGUGGGCAUUGCAUCGGCAGCAUGGGCAGUCAUUAUAUCUCUCUAUCUGGUAGCCCAGACUCGGUUGGUGGCCCAGGGUAAGAGGCAAGAAGAGGAACGGCUGACUGGCCGAGAGGAGACUCGCCGAUCCCUCGCGGAAUGGCUGGCCAUCCUCGUUCAGAUUAUCGUUAUGGCGGUUACCGUGCUUGUUGGCAUCCUACUCAUGUCCACGUUGAGUCUCCGCGCAAAGGACGCUACCCUGGAGGCCCCGGGGCAGAGGUAUUAUGUCGACAGCAACAAGUACCAAGUCCACCUUCACUGCAUCGGUGGUGACCAUUCAACCUUGAAAAACAGCAACGAGACGGUCGUUACUGUCCUCCUUGAAGGAGGUGAGUCACCAGUGGAAUAUACAUUCCAAAAGUGGGUGGAUGAAGCCUAUCAACACGGUGUGAUCAAACGAUACUGCUACUGGGACCGCCCCGGCAUCGCUUGGUCAGACAAUGCACCGUCUCCUCACUCGGCAGGAAUGUCGGCAGAUGCCCUUUCAGAGGCACUGGCGAUGGCCGAUGAAGAAGGCCCGUGGGUUGUAGUGUCGGCCGGCGUCGGUGGCAUCUACAGCCGCAUCUUCGCCAGUCGACAUCUUCGCGACAUCCACGGUAUCAUGCUUAUCGACACGCUCCAUGAAGACCUGCUUCACAACCUGGGCAAGCCAGGCCGGGGGUUGAUGCUCUGGAUCUGGGGUAUAUUAUCUCCACUUGGCAUUGACAGGCUGGCCGGCGCAAUCUUCAAGGGCCGGACUCGAGUAGACCGUGUCUGCGGCAUGCGAGCCUAUCAGGGAGGAAAGUUCAUCAAGGCCGAGCUCCAGGAAAGCCUUGUUGCGGAUUCCAUCACCCGCAGCGAGAUUUCGAGUGCACGACACAUCCAGAGCCCAUCCACCCCUCUGGUAGUCGUCAGUUCAGGCAAAGAGGUAAGACGAAGCCAGACCUGGGCUGAUAAGCAGGAAGAUUUGACCAAGAUCACCAAGAAUCUUGUUGCAUGGGACGUUGUCAAGGGAGCACCGCAUCAGGUCUGGGACACCCUUGACGGACGACGGACACUGGAGAAACGACUAGGAGAACUGGUGAAGCAGGCUAAACAUUAA